AUCUGGCCCCUCACCGCGGUUGGGCCUGGGGGCUGGGAGCAGAGUGCUCCGGCCCCGCCUCCCAGGCCAGCAGCAGCAGCAGCAUGCAGACUCCUUAGGACUCAGACGCUGCAGGCCUGGUCUGCAGUUUCCUUCCCAGCACAGGAGUCAGAUCAGUCCUCACGGCUGCCGCCCUCGCUGUUCCUGCCUGUUCACCUAUGACACCGACCCCAGAGUUGUUGCUGCGCAGGCGCCGUUCCCGAAGCCUGGGCUAGAACCCGGUCCCGUGCAGCCCAUUGCGGGCGCGCUCCUGGUCCCAGCGCUGCAGUCCCGUUCCGCCCCAGCAGGGGCUAAGCGAGCCGCGGGGCUGCGAGUGCAGGGCCUCGGGAGGGAAGGGGUUAAAUCUCCCUUGCCAGGCUCGCCCCGCCGGAGACCGUGACGCGGGCCGGCCUCACACUCGGGUUGGUCCGGGCCUUUCCCCGGCCCCGGGAUUGGCACGGGAGCGCAUCGCGGGUUCCGUCGGGCUCCAAGCGAGGGUCUCUCUCCGUGGGCGCCAUGGGGCCACCGGACGAGUCGGGACCAAGGGAUACGCAGGCACUGCUGUCUACCAAAUCAACAAUGGAGCUUCACGUGAAACGGCCUCUGCUGAACCAGGAACAGCUGGAGCAGCUGGGGCACUGGGGCCCAGCACCUAGGACCUAUCAGUGGCGAACUUGGUUUCAGUGCUCCCGUUCUCGGGCCCAUGGCCUUCUACUCAAAUACCUCCCAGUCUUGAGCUGGUUACCCCACUAUCGUGUGCGCUUGGCCUACGCCCUCCUGGCUGGGUUGCCCCCCGUGUUUGGCCUCUACAGCUCCUUCUACCCUGUGUUCAUCUACUUCCUGUUUGGUACUUCCCGGCACAUCUCUGUGGGAACCUUUGCUAUCAUGUCUGUGAUGGUGGGCAGUGUGACAGAAUCCAUGGUCGUGGAUGAGACUGUCCAGCAGAACACAAACUCCACCGAGGAAGCGCGUGUGCCGCUGGCCUCCACACUUAGUGUCCUGGUGGGCCUCUUCCAGGUGGCCUUGGGCCUGGUGCAGUUUGGCUUUGUGGUCAACUACCUGUCGGAGCCGCUAGUGCGCGGCUACACCACGGCUGCGUCUGUCCAGGUCUUUGUCUCACAGCUCAAGUAUGUGUUUGGGAUCCAGGUGAGCAGCCGCUCAGGGCCCCUGUCCCUCAUCCAGACUUUCAUAGAGAUCUGCCAGAAGCUGCCCAAUACUGUGAUUGGCACCAUGGUCACUGCGCUUGUGGCUGGGGUGGCCCUUGUGAUGGUGAAGAUACUGAAUGAGAAACUGCAUCGGCGUCUGCCUCUGCCAAUACCUGGGGAGCUGCUCACGCUCAUUGUAGCCACGGGCAUCUCCUAUGGUGCGAACCUGGACAGCAGAUUUAAUGUGGAUGUCGUGGGCUCCAUCCCAGCAGGGCUGAUUGCUCCUGUGGCCCCCAAACCUGAGCUGUUUGCAAAGCUGGUGGGAAACGCCUUCGCCAUUGCCAUGGUUGGAUUUGCCAUCGCCAUCUCCCUGGGGAAGAUCUUUGCCCUGAGACACGGCUACCGGGUGGAUAGCAACCAGGAGCUGGUGGCCCUCGGCCUCAGUAACUUCAUCGGAGGCUUCUUCCAGUGCUUCCCUGUGAGCUGCUCCAUGUCCCGGAGCCUGGUACAGGAGACCACUGGGGGCAACACACAGGUUGCUGGAGCAGUCUCUUCCCUCUUCAUCCUGCUCAUCAUCCUCAAGCUUGGAGAACUCUUCCAAAAACUGCCCAAGGCCGUUCUGGCAGCCAUCAUUAUUGUGAACCUGAAGGGGAUGCUGAAGCAGUUCAGUGACAUACGCUCCCUCUGGAAGACAAAUCGAGUUGACCUGCUUAUCUGGCUCGUGACCUUUGUGGCCACCAUCCUGCUGGACUUGGAUCUUGGCCUGGUGGUUGCGGUAGUGUUCUCCCUGCUGCUCGUGGUGGUCCGAACGCAGCUGCCCCGCUACUCUGUCUUGGGGCAGGUGCCAGACACAGACAUUUACCGAGACGUGGCGGAAUACUCAGAGGCCAAGGAGGUCCCUGGCGUGAAGGUCUUUCGGUCCUCAGCCACUUUGUACUUUGCCAACGCUGAGCUCUACAGUGAUGCACUGAAGCAGAGGUGCGGGGUGGACGUCGACCAUCUCCUGGCCCAGAAGAAGAAGCGGCUGAGGAAGCAGGCGCUGAAACUAAAGCGACAGCAGAAAGACAAACAGGCUGCCCCUCCCAAUGGCACCUCGGUUUCCGUCAGUGUGGACCCCAGCCUUGGAGACGUGAAGGGCAGUGGCACGGUGGACUCCAGGGCUAAGGUGAACCCAGAGAAUGAGCUAGAGGAUGUGGCAGUCAGCGGGCAAGAAGAUGCCAAGGCCCCGGAUGCGUCCGUGCUGAAGGCCCUCGGCCUGCCUCGGCCGGACUUCCACACUCUCAUCCUGGACCUGGGGGCCCUCUCCUUUGUGGACACUGUGUGCAUCAAGAGCCUGAAGAACAUUUUCCGUGACUUUCGUGAGAUCGAGGUGGAAGUGUACAUUGCAGCCUGCCACAGUCCUGUGAUCACCCAACUAGAGACUGGGCACUUCUUUGACGCAUCUAUCACCAAGCAGCAUCUCUUCGUCUCCGUCCAUGAUGCUGUAACCUUUGCCCUCCAGCACUCCAGGCCUGGCCCCAGCAGCCCUGUUUCGGCCACCAAACUGUGACUGUGCUGCCAGCUGCCCGACACUGCCCACCUUUGGAGGUUGUGAUGGAGCACCCUCGAGAAGCCCUCACCCUGGCCACCUCCAGGAGUCCCCCAGGAGUCCCCUCCACGCACACGCACACAUAUCUCAGGGAUGGAGGUCCUGGGACUCCACGUUCAGUGCUUGCGGUCCGGGGCAGGGUGCUGCAGCCAGGCUGGCUUUGGCUGGGUGCAGGGAGGAGCCAGUGUGUAUUUUCAGGCUCAAGAAUAAAAACAUGUCUGCUCAUUCCA